GAGACGGACAGCAGCAAGGGGAUUGUGUGGAACCAGUGGGAAUUUCUUUGGAUGACCACACACACAUACACACACACACACAGGACAACAGCCACAGAAAAGGAGCCAAAAAGAGAGAGAGAGGACAGCGCGGUGAGCCUUUACCCAUUCAGCCCCACAGGGAGCGCACAUAGCUCACCUAAAUACAACACACUCACUGUCACACACUGUCACACAUGAACAACUGCACACUGACUCAGACACAAUGAUCCCAUAGCUCACUCUGGCAUACAGACCUACAUUGCCUCUGGCACACUUCACAGAGUAAAGCAAAAAUGACAGAUUUUACACUUUGUAUGUACAACUCUGCAUAACAACGCACAAGGAAGGGGUCAACACCAGAAGAAAGUAAAGUGGAUGAGAAAGACAAACAGGAUCAAGUCAUGUACUGACAGACAGGCAUGGCAACCAUCUCCUGGGAAACGGACUGGGGGGGACUAACCCAUUCCUCUCCAGUGGCGAGGGGAAACAUCAACCUCACAUCCUCCCUCUUUCCGGAUUAUACCAACAUCAACAGCACAAAUGGGGGAGGAUCGCCUUUUCAGAUCUUCCCUGAAAAUGCCUCCGUCUCCACAGGCCCCCCUCCACACACUCCACACCCCCCGAGGGAGCGCAACAUGGCACUAGCCCGGGCAGAAAUUGGGGUUUUGGGCCUGGUUCUGGCCUUGACGGCCCUGGGGAACGGGCUGGUGCUUUGGGUCCUGCUGCGGCGAAGGAAGCACCACGCUCCCAUGCACCUCUUCAUGGUCAAUCUGUGCAUUGCCGACCUGGUGGUGGCCUUCUUCCAGGUGCUGCCCCAGCUGGUGUGGGACAUAACGGAGCGAUUCCAGGGUCCUGAUGCUCUGUGUCGCUCUGUCAAGUACUUGCAGAUCGUCGGCAUGUUUGCUUCCUCAUACAUGAUUGUGGCCAUGACCGUGGACCGCCAUCAUGCCAUCUGCUGCCCCCUACAGGCUUACCGUGGUUGGGGUGACGUCGCCCGCUGGAACGUUCCCUGUCAUGGUGGCAUGGGACUGGCCUUGGUGCUCAGUGUGCCCCAGGUAUUCAUCUUCUCCAGGUCAGAGGUAUCUCCAGGGGUGUUUGAGUGUUGGGGCCAUUUUAUUGAACCCUGGGGUCUUAAGGCCUACGUUACCUGGAUGACGCUGGCUGUAUUCAUACUGCCAGCUCUCAUUAUCACCGUCUGUCAGGUACGAAUAUUCAGAGAGAUCCAUGACAACAUCUACCUGAAGUCAGAAAGAGUGGUAUCGGCAGAGCUUAAGAAGAACUCCGUCCUCGUCCGCUUCCAUAGUGUGGGGAAGGAGGGAGAUAGAGAGAGGGAAAGAGGGAGAGGGGCCAGAGGAGGAGGUGCAGGAGGAAGAGAGGGGAGAGGCAGCCACUUUAUAAAAAUUAAUAGCCCAGAUUCUCGCUCCCAUGGUAACAAUCCCUUUCGUAGUCCCUCCCAUCCAAACUCACAAGGCUCCCACAUGGCUGUGUCACCCUCUCAUACUGGCUCACAGGGAGAGACUCAGCCUACUGCAUCCAACACCUCUAUCUCCAAUCCCAGUCACUCUGGAUUCUGUGGUGACUGCACCAUCCCCGUUCACACCUAUGAUGUCUCCUCUGAUGGUGUACCCCAUGAUUCAUGUCCCUGCACCCCUGAAAUGGACUACCCUCCCCCUGCCACGCCCCUCCCAAUAUCCCCAGCGCCCCCCAGCGUGUCCAGGGCCAUGUCCAAGACGGUGCGGAUGACGUUGGUGAUUGUGCUGGUCUACACUGUGUGCUGGUCACCCUUUUUCAUCGUUCAGCUGUGGGCUGCCUGGGACCCCAACCCUCCCGACCAAGGGGUGGCCUUCACCAUUAUGAUGCUGCUGGCAAGCCUUAACUCCUGCACCAACCCCUGGAUCUACACCGCGUUUUCCAACAGUGUGUCCCGUGAGCUCCAGGCCCUACUGCCCUGCCGCAGUGGCUCCCGGGACCUGCGCAGGGGGUCUGUCGUCAAUGACUCCACCAGCACACACACCUCCACAACUGCCACUAAGAACAGUCUGUACUGA